GAAGCAAAAGGGGGUUGGACGCAUGUUCAUUCAGAUUACUGGUAAAGUGAACAGUGCAGACUGACUGUAGGCUAUUUCGCGCCCAAGAAACUGCUUCCUACCAGGUAAACCUCUAGACAGGCCUGACAGUGGAGAUGUCUAAAGCGCCAGAUGGCCCCGCAAGGACCCGCUCCAGAUCAAAGUCCAGGUCCAGGUCUUGCACGCGGUCUCGUUCCAGAAGCCGCUCCCGCUCCAGAUCCAGGAAGCACCGCUACAGUUCUAGGUCACGUUCCCGCUCCAGAUCUCACUCUCCGUCCCACGGCAGGAACUAUCCCACCAGAGACUACCAGAACAACCGGGGUUACCAGAGGGGCUACAACCGUGGCUUCCGCAGACCCUUUUACUUCCGCGGUAGAACCCGGGGCUUCUACCCUCGCCAGGGUUACCAGAGAGGAGGUAACAGCUACGGCUACAGAGCCAACAACUGGCAGGGGGGGGGCUACCGGGACGGGCCGCCCCACGACCAGGACCACCACGGUCCUCACAGCCCCAGGAGAGGGAGAUCUCGGUCCCGCACGCCCCGGAAACGCUCAGGCAGCCGCAGCCACUCCCGGUCUCGAUACUCCGACCGUUCGUCCUCCAGGGGUUCCAGACGGUCCCGGCGGCACCACAGCUCCUCUUCCCGCUCCUCUUCCCCGCGGAAUCGCCGCAGCAGCCCCGGCUCAGGGAAGCCUGGCUCUAAAGAUGUAAAGGACAAGACUACACCAGCAGAGGCCAAGGAGGAGAGGGGAGGGGCUGGGGAGCAGGUAGGAGGACCAGGGGGAGAAGGCAGCAGUCAUGAUAAGGCCUCUGCUGGGAAAUGGCAGGGUCUGAGUGACUAUAACAACAGCCCCAAAUGCAGCAGUCCGGCUGUUGGUGCCAAACAGGGGAAGUCGGAACCCAAAGGGUCAUUGUGGAGAACCAUGGGCAGCACUGGCGGUGUUCCCUCUACCAAGAGCCCACCAGGCUCCACCAAGGCCGGGCCGACGGCCUCCACCAGUGGGUUUGGUUUCUUUGGCAAGGAGGAUCCCACCAGAGCAGACGAUAAGACUGCUAUUUCCUCUGCUUUCAAGAAGUUCUUGGCAGAAAACAAGAACAAAAAGCAGCAGCAGCAGGCGGCAGCAGAGUGGGAGAAUGGCCAGGACGGAGACAGCAGAGAGAAAGGGAACAGCAAGAUUGGAGGAGGCCUUUUCAACAUAACAGCAGCCUCCUUCAGCUCCAAGGCCGAUAAGUCUCUGCCCUUCCUGGAAAGAGCCGAAGAGGCCUUCCUCAAGUCUCAGGCUGCUGAAAGAGAGGAGGAGGAGGUGGUCAAGCCCAAAGGAGCCACCCUGACAACACGGGAUGUGUUUGGGAAGUGGGAAGACGAGCCCCAUUACUACCCCCUGGGGAAGGACGAGGAGAGACGGAGAGACACGGCCGAAGACUUGGAUGAAGACCUGGAGCACAUGGAAGAGGAGCUUUACCGCAGCCGCAAGCAGGCCUCCAAGAAAGAAGAGAAGUCCAAGAGGAAGGAGAAGAAGAAGGAGAAGAGUAACAGGAGGAGUCCAUCUCCCGUCAGCGCAGCAGUGCCCCCUAGGGGUUCAGGCAGCGGGGAGAAGGACAGGCCCCUAGCCCUGUUCCCCAUCAAUAGGUUGGAGUCACACCUACCCCGGUCCUCUGGGAAGAGGGAGGGCUUGGAGCACAGUAUCAACACAUUUGAUGAAAUGCCCAGCUCUUCUGGAAGUCUGACUAAGGAGCGUGGUUUGUCCAGGGAUCUGGUGCAUCCCAGUAAGAAAGAUCCCGGACAGUUCCGCUCCAUUUUCCAACACAUACAGGCUGCUCAACUCCAACGCAGCCCCUCCGAGCUGUUUGCGCAGCAUAUUGUCACCAUUGUGCACUACAUCAAAGCACAACAUUUCCACUCUUCAGGCAUGACUUUAAGUGAGCGAUUUGCCAUGUACCAAAGAAAAGCAGCUGAGAUGGAAUUGAUUAAACAAAGGAAGAGUCCAGAAAUCCACAGGAGAAUCGAUGUCUCCCCCAGUGCUUUUACCAGACACUCUCACCUGCUUGAGGAGCUGGAGGACUGCAGCUACAAGGAUCGGGGUAGAACAGCGAAAACGGACCCAAUGGACCUGCGUCUGGAUAUAGAGCGCCGUAAAAGGUUUUCUGGGAAGGAGCAACGAGACGGGGGCAAGGGCUCCCAAGGACCCAGCCAAGAGAGGUCCUCAGAGAAAUCUUCCAAACGCCACAAGAAAUCAAAAAAAAACAAGAAGAAUCGUAAUCGCUCUCCAUCCUCCUCCUCUUCCUCCUCCUCUCCCUCUCCCUUCAGAGAAGGGUUCAGAGGUAAAGACCACAUGAUGGGGGAGGAAAUGGAGCAUAUGGACCAGGGCUACAGUAAGCCUCGCUUCGGGUCCCGUGACUAUGAGGGUCCCAUGGAUAGGUGUCCCCCCCGUGACUAUGAGGGCCACAUGGAUAGGGGUCCCCCCCGCGACUAUGAGGGCCCCAUGGAUAGGGGCCGAGGACGUGGAGGAUUUCUUCCCAGAGUAAGAGGAGGAGGAAGGGGCUGGAAUAGGGGUAAUUACCAAGGUAACACAAGCAGCAAUGGCAACCCCCCUCCUAAUAUGAACGCUGCCCCCCCAGAGCGCCCCCCAGAUGAGGACUGGGACCCAGAGUACACCCCCAAGAGCAGGAAAUACUACUUUCAUGAUAACCGUGAGGACGAGAAGACAUGGCUGGAGAGCUGUGGCCGAGGGGUCUUUCCCCACAGCAGGGGUCGCUUCAUCUACCGCAAGGGGGGCAGAAGCCCCAACAAGUGGACUCAUGACAUGUUCCAGACUGGCGAGGAAGGGGGCGGGAACAAGGAGGAGGAGCACCACAAAGAGUUGGACCAGAAAGACGACAACCAGGCCGCCGUAGACCCCUCAGCUUCCUCCAAACUGUAGUAGAGGACUUAGGCCCUGUUACUUCUCUUGCUCCUCCUCCUCCAUCCUCGUGCUCCUCCUCCAUCCUCUUGCUCCUCCUCCAUCCUCUUGCUCCUCCUUCAUCCUCUUGCUCCUCCUCACCCAUCUUCUACCACCAGAGCUUUCUGUCCAUUUGUGAGAGGUCAUCUGAUCCUCUGAGACCAUCUCUGUGUAGGCUAUAGGAGCCUGCACACAGUCACAUCAGAAUGUACAUGAUACACUGGUCUUUGUAUUGUUGAGACAGUGCCACUUUCAGUAAGUUGUGAAAGAGAUGUUGAAUUGAACUUGAGUUUAAGAGCAAUACUUUUUUAUUUUAAUUUUAAUUACUUCCAGUAAUUUGUUUCUGUUUCUGAGUGUUUAAUUACUACCAGUAAUUUGUCUUUGUUUAUCUGUCUGUAUUUGCUUUAUUUGUUUUGUGAACAGCUGACUGGUUUUCAGUUGUUUUCUGGGUCUGCAAUGGUGAUGGUAUUGCAGCUACAUUGAUUUAAAACUUCAAGGACUAAUUAUUUUCCCUGUUAAGACAUUGAAAUGACAUGCAUUUGUGCCUUAAAGUGUAUAUUCAUACAUGGUGAUAUAUGUGCAUUGCUCUAAUUUUGUGCAAAUGUUCUGCUGUACUAGCUAACGCAAGCCUUUAGCUAAACAGGUGUUUUGGGCAAUGAUAAGUUUCUGAGGGUAUUUGCAUAACCAUUUGGACUCGAACUUCCCCACCCCAUUGGACCAACCUACUGUGGGUACUGAACCUCCCCACCCCAUUGGACCAACCUACUGUAGGUACUGAGAACUCCCCACCCCAUUGGACCAACCUACU